CCUGUUAAGCUGCGAACGUGCUGCCAGAGCUCUGCAUCUCUCGGCUCCCACGGUAGUUGCAGCAGCCAUCGGGCGACGGCCGUAAGCCGCGGCGCUGUCUUCCCUCCGACCGCCCCCAAAGAGGCGUGGCAAGAGAGAGGCAUCAGCCAUGGUGGUCGCAGGCGAUCUACCCUUGCCGAAUCCCGGCGCACCAUCUGCUCGUGUAGCCUCACCUGCGAACCCUAGCGCCAAAGAGGAGGGCGAAAUUUCCUCUGGCGAAAACGCUGAAUUGCCUACUAUAAUUGCUGCAUUUAAUAACAAAGAGAUAUCUGAACCAAUUCUUGUUUCAUCAAGGAACAAACUUGUUAGAUAUUCUUCGACAGGUCAUACUUCCCUUGUACCCAAUACAAAGUUUCACACUUCCAAUAAAAAGUAUUAUAGGAAAACAUUGAAGACAAAGCAGAUUCCUUUCAAAUCAAUCAAUAACCGUACUCUUUCUUGGCACAAAAAAGUAUCAGAUGAUAACCUUGUAAUAAGAUUUUCAGAUGAUGACAGUGGAACUGACUCUGGAGAUUCUAAAUCUGUAGCAUCCAUUGAAAAGAAUGAUCAUGCAGCUAGAUUACUCAAGUUUAAGAUGCCAAUAACCUCUUCACAUAGACAAGAAAUGCUGCAACAAUCAACACUACAUGAUGAAGGAUUCAUGUCAAAGAAAGGAGUAGCAGGGCCUGCAUUUUCAAAUAUUGGGAAAACCAAUGGUUCUAAGUUCGGUAAUCAAAUUUCUUCAUCUGAUAAGGUGGAGGACAUUCAAAAACAAAUUGCUGCCUUAAAGACUUCUAUAGGACAGGUAAAUGGCAACUUUCAGGAUACAAGCUUAGCUGAUACUGCAGCAGAAAGUUUGCGCCAUAAAAUUUCUCCAAGGGAAAAUGAAUGUAAGGUUCAAACAAAGACACUAUUUGAAAGCGUAGAUAUAGUCUCUGGUUCCACAAAUAAUGGUUUUGAGCAGCCAAAUCAGAAGUUAGGCAACCAAGCAAUACAUAGUGAUGGAGCUAAAGCUGCUAAUGCUAAAAGACUUCCCCUUGGUGUUCGACCAACAAAACGCUUGAAGGUUGAUAGACCUUUAGAGCCUGUCCAUGCCUCUGAUGAUGCCCUUCGAUUUCAAAAAUAUUCUAACACACAUCUAGAAGGAUCUCAUCAGCCUCUACUUAAGGGACAAAGUGGUUUCUUUGCAGUGAGAAGUGGACUUAACUGUGAUGAAACAAAAAAAACUUUGUCCUUAAGUAAUGAAGGAAUUGGCAGGAAGCAUGGUCAAGUGAAUGAAAAUGCAGCUAUAUGUUUUAAAGCUCCACAUAUAGGAGCAAAAGAAACCAUUUUACCUUUGUCUUGUGCUACAUUGUCUCCAUAUUCAGACCCUGAUAUGAAUUCCAAGCAAGAAGCCAAGAAUGAUAUCACUGCUGAUGCCUCAUGCAGCUAUGCAAAGUCUGCAAUGGGGCCUGUGUUGUUGGCUUCGGAUGUUUUAGAUCAAAGCUCAUAUUUGGUUCAACAAGUACCUGGUGUCGAGGAGAGGGUUCCUGAAUGGGGUAUCUUUAGUUUGGAAUCUUUAUUGGAGUUGGAGCAGUCGCAAGAUAGGGAGUUGGAAGAGGCACAGGAGUUUAGACGGAGGUGUGAACUAAAAGAAAGGCUUGCACUCAAGGCUUAUAGGAAAGCACAAAAAGAUUUGAUCAAUGCUAACAAGAAAUGUGCCAUUCUAUAUAGGAAUAGAGAAACUAUCACAGCUAAGCUUCAGACUUUGAUGCUGGAGUCUUCCAAUUCUGUGUGGCGAUCAAGCAAACAGGGUCAUGCUGAACGCAUACAUUCUAAAUUUGGCUACCAUGUACCAGCUGAAGGUCAGGCAUCAGAGGUUUUGUAUGACAAAAAUCAUGGUUUGCUAAAUGAGGCUUCUCUUGAUGUAUCUUUAAGAAUGAUGAAUAAGCAUGGCUCUUGUUCUAACCAGUAUUCAGAACAUGAUGAUAACAAAUCGGACCAUAGAGAGAAAAAUGCUACCAAUGGACUUAGCAUUCCCGUUUCAUUUCCAAAUAUGUCUACAGAUGAUGACAAAGAAAAUCUAGUUUUUGAUAAGAGAGACGUGGAGUCAAAUUUGGCUUGCUCACCAAAUGUUGAAAAUCAUGCAGAAGGAAGUUAUGAUUUGGAUACCAAGAAAGAGGGAAAUUCUCAUGAUUAUGAUCUGGAAGCUGUCCUAAGGUCUAAACUGGUUGCUAAGUUCGGUAUGAAGACAUUUUGUAAGAAUGAUGACAUGAGCAGUGUUCCAUGCCAAGUUCAUCAUGCAGUUAACAAUAACAAAAAGAGAUCCAAUACUUCUGUCAAUCAGCAAAUACAGCAGCAGACGAUCAUUCAAAUUUGUAAUUCUGAAGAUCCUGCUAGGGUGGAAGGAAUAAUGAAAUUGAGCUCUGUUAAGCAUUGUGAUCAAUCUCAGCGAAAUGAAUUUUCCUCUGAAGUUGAAGCUCAAAAGACUGAUAAUCCUAAAGAGGGAAGUAGCUUUCUAAAAGUAUCUCACUGGUUAAUUUGCCGGUCUAUUUUAUCGCCAUCUUCCUCAAUUCUGCAUAACGUGUUGCCACUUGUGAAGUUUAUUGUCAUUUCUUAUCAUAAUCGGGAUACCGAAGAAAAAGGUGCUUGGCCAGUGCAUGAAUCUCAAAAAGUUUUUUGUAAGCCAGAUAAAAUUGAUGCUUACACAAGAGAGAGUGGUACAGGCAGCAUGUGUGAUAUUUUAAUUGAUCCUUUCUGGCCAUUUUGCAUGUUUGAGCUCAGAGGAAAAUGCAAUAAUGAUGAAUGCCCAUGGCAACAUGUCAAACAAAACACUAAGAGAAGUUUAAAACGAGGACUUCUGGUUGCUCCUAAAUCAGAUUCCUAUUUCCACACUCUAACUGCUGAGAUGUUGCAAAACGGCUUGGAGCCAACUCAUGGUUUCAGCAAAGACUUUCUUCCCAUCCCUGCUUAUUAUAUUGGUGCAAGUCUUGUAAAAGUUGAGUCACACUUCUAUCAUUCAGUACUGGCUCGUAGCAUGUGGAAAUAUUGGCAACCAGGAUUUUCUGCCUCCUUUGCUAUACCUUUCUCAUUCCAGAGAAUUCUUCCUCAAGAUGCUCCAUUCUUACAAAUAGGUGAUGGUGCCAUGGUUGAUUAUGAUAAUUGGAGUAGUCAGUCCUGGUAUCUUCAGAGCCACAAUGCUAAGACAAAAAGAAUAAUACAAGGGCUACCAGAUUCUGAUCAAUCCUUGGAGUUAGCACUUAGUCUCUUUUGUGGAAAAUUUUAUAAAUCUGAGAAGAAGAAGGCUUUUGCCAUCUUAUCACGAGCAAUUGAGUCUGAUCCCAGUUCUACAAUCCUUUGGGUUGUUUAUUUGCAUAUUUUUUACAUGAAGGAGAAGGGCAUCGGGAAAGAUGAUAUGCUUCUCCAUGCUGUGCAACACAAUUCAUCUUCAUAUGACCUUUGGCUAAUGUAUGUUAACAGCAGAGUGAAACUUGAUGAUCGGCUGAAUGCAUACAAUAAUGCAUUGAGAACUUUAUGCCAGGUGAAAUUGACGUGCGACAAGGAAAAAAGAAGUAGAAGUGCACAUGUUUUGGAUAUUUUCCUGCAAAUGGUUGAUUGUUUGCGUAUGUGUGGCAAUGUGGACAAGGCAGUUCAGAGAAUUUGCCAACUUGUUAGUUCAUCAGAUUCUGACCUUUCUAGUGAUUCAAUGCUCCCUGAACUUCUGUCUUUUUUGACAGUUCCCGACAAAUGCAUUUUUUUGAUUUGUUGUGUAUAUGUGGUGAUGUAUAAGAAACUCCCACAAGAAGUUGUACAUAAUUUUGAGUUAGAAAAGGAUUUUCCAUUCAGUAUUGAAUGGCCUUUGAUCCAGCUAACAAUUGAAGAAACAAAUAUGGUAGGCAAUCUGAUGAAAUUUGCUAUAGGAAAGGUGGGUCUUGAUGCAGAUGCAGCUCCUCAGAGAAGCGAUAGAACUGCUCUUAGAUCUCUGCACUUCUUAGCAGUUAGCCACGUCAGACUUUCUGCUAUACUUUAUGGUCUUCAACAUUCUGAGGAAUUGUUGGUAAAAUACAUAGAAUUAUACCCAACUUGUCUCGAACUUCUUUUGUUCAAAGUACGGUCACAAGGAAAUUGCAAAUUUGAUGCAUUUUGGCAAGGUUUUCAGGAAAUACUUGAUAUCUGGCCAGCAGAAGUCCCUGGUAUUCAAUGUCUUUGGAACCAAUGCCUAGAGCAUGCCUUGUUGCAAGGAAAUGAUUGUGCAGAAAAGCUGAUCGCACAGUGGUUUCAGCAAUUUGGGGAACUCAACAACCCCCAAUUUAGAAUUAUAUGCGAUGAAAAUGUUGGUCUUUGCAGGUCAUCCAAACAGCAGUUAGUUGUUGAGUCUACUGAUAAUCACACUGAGGUGGAUGAAAAAAUGUUUGCAUUACUAAAUCUCUCUCUUCACAGGUUGUCAAAUAAUGAUGUUGAAAGAGCUUUUAGUGCAGUUGAUGAAGCCCUAAAGUUGUGUUCUGCAAAAUACUAUGACCACUGUUUGAGAGAGCACACUGCAAUGUCUCUCUUAAAAGAGUCAGAGUUCCAAAGCAAUACUCGUCUCACUAUGUUGUGUCUUUUAAGAAAUUAUGUAGCUGACACUCGCUUUUUUCGUACUCUAGAACUGUUAUCUAGACAAUAUUACAAAACUAUUAGGAAACCAAGAAUAAGACAUUUGAUUGAUGAGAUCAUGGGUUCAGUUCCCGGUGAUUUUUCUCUUAUCAAUUCAGUGCUUGAAGUAUGUUAUGGCCCAACAUUUAUUCCUGAAACAAUUGAAUCCAAGGAACUUGUUGAUUUUGUUGAAACCCUAAUGGCACUUACACCAGCAAACUACCAGUUAGCAUUGUCAGUAUACAGGUUCACUACUAGAAACUUUUGUGACUCUGGCACUGCUUAUGAUGGAAUUAUAUUCUGGGCUAGCUCCAUUUUAUUAAACUCAAUAUUUCAGGCUGUCCCAGCAGCACCAGAAAAUGUAUGGAUUGAAGCUGCUGAUCUCUUGGGAAAUUCGGUAGCAAAGGGAGUUGCUGAAAGAUUCUAUCAGCAGGCUCUUUCAGUCUAUCCUUUCUCCCUUAAGCUCUGGAAAUCCUACUUUGAUCUCGCUAAACUGAUGGGAAAGACAGAUGCAGUUAUAGAGGCUGCAAGAGAAAGGGGCCUUGAAAUGAAUAUUGAUCCAUAUUACUAGUUUGCCUUUGCACUAACCUUGCAAUACUUUCGUCCGAGCUCAAUGAUGACGGUGGUGUAUGUUUCUGAUUUGAACUCACUGUGGCUCAGAGUUAUCUUGGAUUUUUCCCCACUUCCUAUAGCAAAUGAUGUUGAUAAAUUGCACAUGUCAUACUCGAUCAAAGAUUUUGUUUUCUCUUCUAAGAGGAGGGUUUAACCAAGUAGCAUGUCGCUAGGUCAAUAGAUUAAAGAUAUAAGAAAGGGAAAAUUUAAUUCCCUGAUGAGAGGAAUACCAUUCCUCACACUUUCACUGUCCAAAUGUAUGGAAUGCUAGCUAGCAAGUAUAAAAGUUGCAUUGCAGGUUUUGUCAUCUAAUACAGUUUGUUUAUUUCAUUGAAAGAACUAACAGUUUGGAUCAAUGCCUUCCAUAAAAAUGCCGCUUUUGGAACCGUACGCAAGAGAGGAACCACUGUCCAUUUAUUGCAUUGCUUGUCUGCCUUAUACACCAUUUUUAUCCACUCUUUGUUUCUGUUUGUAAUAUGUAUUUUACAAAACUUUUGUGUUACAACCUUCUAACUCCGGUCGAGGAACCUGAUGGCUGAUGGAGGAGAAUGAUUCAGUAGCAUCAGAGCACCUUUGUUUUACAAGUCAAACGAGAGAAUUUUCUAAAGUUUGAAUGUUUCCUCCUCAUAAGCACAAAGAUUAAAUAUGGACGCAGGAGCAACUGUUUCUAAGUUGGUAAGAAUACAAUAUCAAAAUUAGUCUUCACGAUUUAUCUGUCUAUAUCUUAUAAUCAAUGAUAUUAGAUUUUUUAUACAAUUUAUCUGUUUAUAUCUUAUCCAUACUAGACUUUUUAAUAUUUAAGACGGGUGAUAUUCACUUUACAAUAUCGCCAAUGAGAACUUGUAUCAACCAAGCUACACAAGGAUGAAAUGGAAGUUGAGCAAAUUAACUAGGCAAAUCACAUUUAAAAAUCCUUCUUUCCAAUCAGUACGAUCUUUCCCUAAUAAUUGCAAACUCGACCUAUUCCUCAGCCUCAUCCACGAAUUCACCACCCGUGACCGAAGAACAUCACGACAAAUUCCCCUUCACGGGCUGCACAUCAUCACUAUAAACCUCACCCCUACUGCAACAGCUCACUGUGAGCAAAUAGCCAAUCAAAAUGGCGUCGUCAAAGCUCUGUAGCAGCGCCGGCGUGCCAUUCGCUUUCGUAGCGGCCGUGGUGCUCCUGGCGGUGGCACGCGAAGGGUGGGCUCAGACGAGCCUGUGCAACAUGAGCGAGGACGGGAUGACGGCGUGCAGGCCGAGCAUCAGCGCCGCGAGGCCGCCGGCGCCGGAGGAGAAGCCGGCGGAGGCCUGCUGCUUGGCGCUGAAGCAGGCCAACCUGACGUGCCUGUGCUCGUACAAGAACUCCGACCUGCUGCCCUUCUUGGGCAUCGAUCCAAAGCUGGCGAUGCAGCUCCCAGCCAAGUGCAACAUCGCUCCUCCCCAGCAAUGCUGAUAAGGAGCAGAUUUGGUUGUCCUGUCCGUGCUUUUGCCUCUUGUCUGUAUCUGUUUUUCUUCGUUGAAUUGUCAAAUGUAUCUUUACUAGAAAGACAACUGUCGUUCGUAUUUA